AUGGGUGAGGGGUCAGAGCGAGGGCAGUCACCAGGCUCCGAAGGACCUGAGCCCCCCCUUUUUGAGCCCUCGGACUUCGAAAUCGCGUAUGGCCACGAGGCCUCCGACUAUGGUCCUGAGAGCUUCGAAGAAAUGUAUGGCCCCGGGGCCUUUGAGAACCUUCACAGCCAAUGGGGCAGCCUGGACUUGGCCAGCCCCGAUGUCCCAGACUCUUCGGUAUCUCCCAUCACCACCACGUACCGUUGCGCUUGGCCGACCCUCCGGCCUAUCCCCCUUGAGAGAGAUUACCUUCUCCGGCUACCCAAGGAUAUCCGUGACAACUCUGUCAGAAUCCAAAGCGAAGCCAGGAAAAUCCUACGUGAGCUUGGCAUCGUGGCCGCCAGCUCAGACAUCGAUAUUUCCCGGGCGCGAUCUGCCGAACCCGACGCCGAUACCGCGGUCCCAACGCUCCUAAUCAUUGCAGAAUGGGAGCAGAACUCGACGCAUAGCUGGAAAGAAGCUGUCAAGGCAGUGGCUAGCUACGUUACCACCGUGCUCGGUAGCGACCAUGGUCUAGCAAUCGACAUGAUUGCCCAUGAGAGAGUCGACGAACAGUUUUUGGGGCCUGUUCUGAACCAACCUGACUUGGCUGAAGCAUGGCCCACGAUCCGGUCCUUUGCUCAACAACGUCUUGAAGUCCAUAGAGCAACCAAGUCCAGGAUGACCACCAUCGCUCUGUUCCGCAUGGGAUUUCACUCAACACCCUCCUACAACCCAGUCACUCUCUACAUUUCCGUUGACUACAAGUCGGAUGAAUCCCGGUGGCCCGAUAUCACCCAGGACAUCGCCCGUGGACUCUCGCGCAUGGGCUGGGAUACCAUCCAUAUCCACAUCGAGCACAACAUGCCUGAGAGAUAUCCGUUCCCUCUCAAUCCUCUCAUCGGAAGCGCAAAGAAGGUGCGUGAGCGAAGGGAGGCUGGUAACCAUCUCAUCGAGGGUGAGUAUCAACGUCAAGUCAACAUGGGCGAAAGCAUGGGUGCGUAUCGGUAUCUCCAAGACGACCAAGGUAACACAACGAAUCCAAGCUCCGGAACACUUGGAUGUUACCUCCAAAUACAGCGAAAGGGCCAACCCCCCUCGGCAAACUUUGCAUUGACCAACUACCACGUCAUCCGUCCCUGUUUGGACGGCUUCAGGCUCAAAACCAAGAUCCGCCCUCUCGACGAGGACACCAAGCAGGGUCUGACGCCAGAGGAACAGGAAGAGGAUUCCAAGACCAGGGUUCCGGAUGCCCCCGAGCGUUACUCCAACCUCUGGAAAGCCGACCACAAGGGGUUCGGGGUCCGCCAGUUCCCAGAGACGCUGGUCGAAAGCCCGGCCAGAAUCAAGCAUAACUACACCAUUUGGAGCUUGGACCAAGAUAUCCGGUUCGAGUUGCAGGCAGGGACAGACCCCGAGGAUGCCGCUGUCAGGACCGCGACCCAGGAAAAGGCCGACAAACUCAACUUCUUUGACCAAGAUAACCACAAGCUCGGCCGCGUCGUGCUCGCCUCGGGCUUUGGUCGCAGGGCCGUCAGGGAGCCUGCCACUGAAGGGAAACGACGCCUGGACUGGGCAGUGAUUGAGGUCGAUGCAGCUCGCCAGGGAGCCAACAUGAUUCCCUCAUUCGACACCUGGAAAGCUAAGUACCAGGACUACAAUCUCUGCCCACCUCGCAAUAUCUGUGGAACACUUCUCAAGCCAGAGCCUGGGUCGCUCAAGGAUAUCAAGCCAGACGAAACAAUCUGGAAGGUUGCCUCUACGACUGGUCCUACGGCGGGUGUCCUCUCACCAGACUUCAAACCCAUCAGCACCCUGCUCGAUGAUGAAUACAUGGGAGAUCACUCGUCGGUGGAGAGUGUCGUCAUCGGACACCCUCAGGCUAGUACCACUGGGGAUGGUGUCUUUGCUCUACCUGGUGACUCAGGCGGCAUCGCCUUUAACAAGGAAGGAGUCGCGGUUGGUUUGGUGUUUACUGGACAACGGCCAAAGCAGUCCAAGCAGGGACUUUCAUAUGUCACGCCGCUCGACGACGCUUUCGAUGACAUGAUGACAAUGACGCAGUCAUCGCCAAGCCAGAUUCUUGAGAUUACUCUUGCACAGAACUAG